AUGGUGACGAAAAACAAAAACAUUCUGCAUUUCCAUUCAUCAUCGUCCAAUUCAAGUAGAGAAAGAGAUCUCCAAAAUGAAGCUUUGAAAAAAUUCCAAGUGAGAAGCAUUUUGUCCAAGAUUUAUGUGUAUAGAUGCCAUGACUACAUGCAGUUAAUAGCAUUGUCCCACAUUUUGCCAGACUUCUUGAUGGAGCAUACUAAGGUAAAACUCAUUGUGGUGGACAGCAUUGCAUUUCACUUUCGGCACGAUUUUGAGGAUCUUGCUUUGAGGACAAGACUUCUGAAUGGAUUAGCGCAGAGCUUUAUUAAAANAAGAUUUAUAUUUGCAAACUUGUACAAGUCGCCAUCUCGACAGCAAAUGACAGUUGGGUUUCAAAUCACGGCUGAUGGAGUACGUGACUGUUUUACUAACUACAAAGAACACAAACAUUGUGAAAGCAAACAUAGUCCGCAGGCUCAGGCAAACCAUCAAAGUUCAGCUCAUGAUAUUCAAGUGACAGGAACGACAAACUCAAUUGUACGGAAAAGACGAUUUGAGGAACUCACUUGAACAGAAUCCAAGAUAAGCAGUACUGCUGAGGAGUGAUAAAGAACUUUCUGGGCUUUUCACUUUUUACAACCUUUAAGCCAUUGUGGAAGAGUGUUCAGGGCUAAACUAUGCCCGCUCUAUCCAGUUUCUUGUUGCCCACUGCAUUACUUGCCAAAAAUUUUGAACAAACAAAGUGUCUGAAAAUAAAACUGUCUGAAAAUUUUAAGCGUCCCAAAAUAUUUACUUUAGCAAUAUGUUUCAUCACCGUGUCCAAAUUUUGUCCAAAUUAGAUAAAUAGAGUGUCUGAAAAGUAAAGGUCUGAAAUAAAAUGCCCGAAAUUUAAAAAUCUGAAUUUUUUGCAAGUAAUGUAAAAUACAGUUGAAUAAGCUGGGUGAUAAAGCAAGACACUUUUUUAGCUCGAGAGUUGGAAUACUAGGCAAACAAUUUAAAGUCCUUUGAAAUAGUACAAACAAUGUUGCGACUGAGGAUCAGCAAGGAAUUUUCUGUGUUGACAUAUUGUAAGCCAUUUAGCCUCAUGAUAGCGAGGGUGAGCCUGUUUUUCAAGGCAGAUGAUAUUCAUAUCUAAGUUGAUUUGGAUUUUAUUGGAAUCAUUGGCUGGGCCAGCCUUGCAAUACAUGAGUAGUCAUGUGCUGAAUAAAGAUAUAUUUUAUGACUAUUCUUUUACACUUUGCCACUGAAAAACUAGGAAAUUUUCAGUAACUGAAAAUUUCCUAGUUUUUCAGUGGCAAAGUGUAAAAGAAUAACUGUUGUUGCCACAUGUUGUUCCAAGUAAACUGAAUGUUGACAGCCCUCUAUUGUCUCGUAUUUUUAUUUGAUCUUUGAACCUGCAGAUAUAAUCGCGAGAGAGCUGUAUGCCAGCGCAAAACCCCCGCUUCCCCUCCCUGCCCCCACCUUGUGUUCUUCACUCAAGGCGACGUGUGUUAAAGGAGUACAACGUGCAACCCGGCCCUCUCAGUGAGCAUGAUACUGUAUAAGUUAAAAAGAAUAUUAUUUUCAUAGCAGCGUAAACAUUUCUUUGGGUCUGUUGCUUGCUAAAUGUCUUGGCCGAGCUACAGUUUAAAUCCACGGAUUUUCGUAAAAUAAAAGCAUUCAACCAUACCUUGGGGUUUAAUUGCAUACAGUUUGAAACAACAUGGAGAGGAAAGUAUUACCAGGAGGCACUUCCUAUAGCAGACUAUACCAAGAGGCCUCACCCGAAAGGGGUAUCAUUUUCAAGCUGGGGCUACAUAAAAGGGUAGGGACUUCACAUGGUGAGGUCUAGAAAAGAGUAUGUAAAACUUUGCCUAGUUCCUAGGCCACAAUAUUUUGCCGUGGUCAAUCGUUUUGGGUCACGUGGUUUGGGGCGAAAAGUGUGGCCUAGCAUGAUAUCAUUGGCUUGGAAAAUUUCCUAUUGUCUUUCAGCCAAUCAUAAUCCCGAAUUAAGAUGUAUAGUCUGCACAGGUGUUACACUUUUUGCACUGGUGUUACACUUGAACUGCACCGCUCUCAGCCAA